CUCCUGGUGGAUUUGCAUCACGGGGUCGCAUAGUCAAUAUAGGCAUAGCUUGAGAGAUGCCUAGCAGUGACGCUGAUGAUUCGGAGACAUGGCUUCUCGAGCUGAUCAACUACAACCGGCAGGCCUCUUCUUCCUCGUUGGUAUCUUCGCCAGAGCAAAGCAAAGCUCAAGUGCCUCAGGAGUUGAAAAAGCACAUUGAUGAGACCCUUUGGAAUAUAGAACGUGCUCCUCAGUGCUUUAGCAAUUUACUUGCUGACUGGCAGUUGGAAUGCCAACUUCCAAAGAAGGGUUCUUCCACAGGCACUGUAGUGCGGCAUGCCAUUGAAACCUUUGAGAAGAUCUUGCGCAAACACGGGCCCAUGGUCUUCAAGUUUGGUUGGACCCAUGAUGCCCAUUGUCGUUUCAGAAACCCAAAAUUUGGCUAUGUCGUGGAUCCACACCAGAGAUGGCAAACUAUGGUGGUAGUAUUUGCAUCCCAUGAGUCUAUUGGCCCAGCCUUUUUGGAAGCUUUCCUCAUCGAAAAGUUCCAGGGUACACCUGGAUGCCGCAAUGUACGUUCUGGUGGUGACACCAUCAUUGACCGAGGAGGACCGUUGAAAGAUCGCAUAGCGAAGGUGAAGGCCACAGCCAAGAAGCCGUGUGCUGAUCUCAUUGCGAUUGAACCACGGCAGAAGCUGCUUCUGGCCGACUUCAAGAAGAGCGGCAAGACAGACAAAAACGCAGCUACUUCUGCUGAUGGUGUUGAGGCUGCUGCGAAGCCGAAGGCAAAACCCAAGGCUAAGGGGAAAUCAAAGAGCCAAAAGGAGGCUCAGGCUUAGUUUGGGGAUGCAGCCCAUGGUGUAAA